ACAUCAAGAUCAGGAAGAAGCGGGUGUGCACGUAUUGUACAGCCUCCUCCCUUACAUGUGUCACCAGCUAAUCCUUUCACACAGAAUAUAAAAAGUUCAGCAAAGUUGGCAGCAGCACCUUAAAUUUACACACACACACACACACACACACACAUACACACACAGUGACACUCACUCAGACUGCCGACUCCUCCACUCUAGGUGAAACACUGUCUAAUCUCAGAAAAAAAAAUGCCUUGGUCACAAAACCUGCUUCUUUUAGCUUGUGGAUUAAUUGCACUUCAGAGUUCUUUAGCAGCUCAAGGUGUGUUGCGGAGCUGCAGUUAUAGGGGGUUGUUCCACGUGGAACAGAAUGGGCGCUACAGCCUCACAUACUCCUCCGCAGAGGAACUCUGCAUGUCCAUUAACACCACUCUGGCCACCAAAGAGCAAAUCCAGAUGGCCUUUGACCUCGGCUUUCAGACCUGCAGAUAUGGUUGGAUUCAGAACCACAGCGUAGUGAUCCUGCGACAGGAGCCUUACUUCCAAUGUGCCGCUAACAGAACUGGCAUCAUCAUCGGCGACAUUCUCUCACAGCUCUAUGAUGCCUACUGCUUCAACGCAUCAGAUACAAAGGACAAGAACUGUGAGUUGUCUAUCAUGCCAUCAGACACAUCUAAAACAUUCCUGGAUGCCCAUGUGGAAAAUGAAAGCACCACAGAUCCUGAAACUGGCACUGUUACCACAACCACCUCUGCAGCGAUAGUUCCACCACUACACGUGGAUGAGGAUAAGGCCACUCCCAUAGAGCCCACUGUUGGAGACACAACUGCAAAUGAUGUUCAGGAGGGUGAUGACGCAGGGCCGCGAGUCACUACCCAGUCACAUCACAGCUCAACCUUCCACAUCUCAGCAGGAGAAGAUACAUCACAUCGUGGAAAGAACGAUAAUAUGAUCAGGAGGGGUGGAUUUGGAUUAAUGACAUCAGCCCCUCCAGCCCAGCAGUCUUCUAGAGUUUUCUCAGAUUGGCUGGUUAUAAUAGCGGUAGUGGCUGCUGUUUUAAUAAUAGUGCUUGUGUGUGCAGUUAUCGCAUCCAGAAAGAGGUGGUGUGGGAAGAAGAAAAGUCUUGUGAUCAGUGGGAAUGCUGGUGAGAAGGGGGGGAAGGAGCAGGAGAUGGUGCAGCUGAUGAAUAAGGAGAAGUUCCAGGAGAAUGGUGCAGCCAGCGAGGAGUUCACUGUCGUCACCCUGGAGGAACCAGCCGAGAAAACGCAGCUAGCAUGAGUGCGACUCCUCCACAUCACACAGGAGCACAGAGGCAGGGGGCUCCUCAGGGGCAAGGGUGGGGUGCAGCACAAUAUUUCUGGAGUUAACAGCAAUUCAUUGAAGACAGAGCCAGCUAACUAUUAUUAACUAGCGCACAAUGCAGAGGCGUUGAGCACCAAUCACACGUGAGAUCUUUACAAUGAUUUUUGAGGCUAUCAAAGUGAGUUCUUCAGGUUCAUCCCUUAGUAUGGAUUACCAAUUGGCAAUUCGGUGAUCAAUGUAAAUGUACCAUUCUAAGAUGGAUCACCUGCAUUAUGAAAAGAGAACUGACCCUUUAUGGGGAAGUCUGAUCUCCUCUGUGGACAUGGUCCUGUACACUGUUUCUGCAAAAUAUCAUAGCAGGUGAAAAGCACAACUCUGUCCAAGCCAACUUCUCUUCACUAGCCCCUUAAUUCUCAAAUUUAAAUUCCUGUAUCCUUUAAACAGGGUUUGAGAUCCAUGUAAAUGAAUUCCUGCAUCUCAGUCCAACAUUCUCAUCUUUAUUAAUAACUGAAAUAUAAAUAAUACUGUGCCAUUUUAUAUCACAGCAAGAUAUUCAAUAUGAGAGGAUGAACAUAUCAGACCAGAGAAGAGCUGUUUUCCUGCUGCCAGAACUAUUGUCUUUUUUGUUUAUCUCCUUGUUAUAGGGGAUUUUUCUGAAUUUUCAGUUUGUUUCCAUAUAUUGAAAAGAGAUUUCUUUUGUAUUGCUGUUAUAAAAAAAAAAAAAAGCAAAGCGCAUUAUGCUAUUUUUGUAGCUAUUACUAAUAUUUUGGUAAAUGUUAAUAUUUUUGGUAAUGUUACCAAGUGAGUGUAAUUUAAUGUUAAAUUAUUUAAAAUGCAGCUUUAUUCUCAAAGCUUUGCGCUAUUUGCUUUUAUAUCACUGUUUGCAAAUGUCUGGAUGGGUAGUAAAGAUAGUGGAUUCUUUCUGAUGGCUAUAAAAACAUAACAAAUUCCAGAACAAGAAAAGGCCAUUCAGACCACCUAUGCUUGCUUGCUGUGGUGCCAGCGUGGUCUGUUAGCACUCAGGAGAGUUAAAACAAAAAUCCCAACCAGGUUAAUGGGGGAAAUGAAACCUCUGUGAAUCCGUGGCUAGACUGACAGCCCUUCCUCCAGAAGGUCUUAAAGGUCUUAUUGUGGUCACAGAGAGGGUUAUACAGUAGGACACAUGUUCUAUAAGUUCUAGUUAUCUUAUCACAUCUUUUAAUGGACCGUAAUGUCUACAGCAACACAGAACAAAUACUGUUACUUUCUUGUGUGAUGUGUUUUAUUGUUAAAAAGAGGUAUUAAUAUAAAACAAUACAUGCAUGUGUUACAGAACACUGCAUUGUUUACAAGAUUGCUGUGUCCCGUGUUAAUCUCACAUUAUGGGUCAUAAAUCAACCACACAAUACAUUUGUCAACUUAUAGGCAACACUCAGCAGGAGAUAAAAAGGUCUUCUAAGGAUUGCAGUGUUUCCAGAUCUCACUCCCUCCUGCAACGAUGCUGGUUUUCUGUUUCCACAAUACACCACUCAUUUCAAUCAGAGCACCAGCUUUGCUGCAGGAGGGAGCAUGAACUGGAUACACUGAGAUGGUCGCAAGAAAAAUCUCUUUCUCCUGGCGAACGUUCCUCAGUGAAAGUGGAAAAAAAGCAAUUAUCGAGAAUAUGUUGAAAAAAAUGCUGCGAUAUGGACAACAGCAAAUACAGCAAAGUUUAAUAAUAUGUUUCUUGUAAACACUGCUGGAGUUUGCGUUACACUUCCAGCCAGAUCAGAAUUUCGUGCCGUUAAAUUAUCAUCCUGAGUCGUUCCUCAUUCAUUUAGUAACAUUACCAGUAGUAUUUUACUUAAAGAAAUAUUGUUCAAAUUUGACACUGGAGGUAAAUGGCUAAUUCGUUAUACAGUACUAUAUCCCAUUGCACGUGUUUUUCUGGGACCCCUUGGUCAAGGUCAAAUCUAAAAGGGGGCAGUUGCAACAGUGGCAUUGGAAUCCAUGGGAGGAUUACGCAUUUAAUAAUUGUGGACUCAGAGGCAUGAAAUGGGAGAGAAGAGAAGUAGUUACUAUUAUUUUUGUCUUGUACACGCCACAGAAUUACUGGCUACCCCCACAAUCAGUCGGCUACUUGAAAUGUAAAUGUUAUAACAUGAAUAUAAUGCUUCAUAUUGUUUUUUAAAAAGCGACAAAAGUGUUUAUUUGUACAGGAGUUUAAAUAAAAUGUUGGGCUUA